UCGAUGUGCGUGGACGUUGGAACGUUGUCUCCAGCUAAAAACGUGGCAUGGUGACAUACCGCGCGUAGAGUGUUACAAGUGUGUUUCACAACAUAACUCAGUGUGACUCGAAGUGAUGAGAUGCACGAGAGCGAGAGGAAUCGUGCGCGUCCUGUGAGAAGAUUUCCAUGAGAGAGUAGAGGAGUCGUGCCGGAUCUUCGUUAGCCGUUGCCGUUGCAGGCUGGUCGAGGCAGGUCCUUGCGAUUGCAUUACGUUCAGAACAUCUCUGACGCUGAUAAAUGAUAAGUGGAAAAUGAGUGAAGCUGUCGUGACCCGCCAGCGUUGAUAUUUUAUGUGCGGAAUUUUGUGGAUACACCACUCGAAAAGUGGAUGCCUUCCUGGUAAGACACCAAGGAGAAGAAAAAUUAAUAUGUUUAGCUGACAAAAAAAAAUAAUACACAAAAGCCGUUGUGAAGUGUUGCUCACGUGGCGGUACAUGAGAGUAACGGAAACGGAAAAUUGCUACUUGUGGCAAAGUGAUGUGAGAAUUUCAACGUAAAUCUAAAAAAAAAGGAUCUGUGCACUUGAAAGGGCCAACCAGACCCCGAAGAAUAACGAGUGAAGUGCAAGCAAUUUGGCGCUCGGUAAUUAUGAAUUGGAAAAAGAUAAAAAAGCUGAGCCUUUUCCGAGCGAUAAUUAGUGAGCAUUAAAAAUUGUGCAAAACGAGUGUUUGAGUGGGGAAAUCAAAAGCGAGCAAAACGACACCUACAAGCAAGGAAAAAAGGAAAAAACCACCCGACGGCGGAAAGUGUAACUGAACGCGCAAAAAAAAGAAAGAAAAGAAGAACACGUGAACCAGUUGGAUUUACCAAAAAGGAGCAGCAUCGAAUAAAUCACUCGCAAUGACAACGAUUGUGAAAGGAUAAAAGAACAAAAAUUUAACGUUGCCAUAUGCUGUCGCCGUUUUAAGCUGAUUAGUAUGUAAAGACAACUGACAAAAUUGUGAAGUGACUCGCAUACAUACGUGUACCACAGGAUCUGGAAAGUAUACUUGAAGAAGUAGCAGAUGGAAAAAUGAAAACAGCCCCAUGAUCCUUGUGUUCCUCCAAACGGCGGCUUUGGUGGGGUGUUUAUGAUGUAAAGAUAAGCAAGAAAAACGAACCGAGAUCGAACAGAUAAGACAAGUCGCGAACGCAAAUGGAACACUUCUCCGGUUGAAACUGCAAACAAGGCAAAUUAAAUUUCUCAAAAUUAUUGGAUCAAACAGUUUGUGCUCAAAUUUUGCUCGCUCAAUAGUAUUAAAGCAUUAAUAGUCUGUUUCGUAACGCGUGUGUGUUCAAUGUGAAAAGAUCGCGAGAUAACUACACGAAAAUCAGACUCGAUACGUUUCGCGUUGACUAUAAACUAGCUGCUCUAUGGUGAAUGUUCAUCGCGACAAUUUGAACAGUAAAAGCUGCUUUGCUACGUUGACAUAAAUUCUCGGUCUCAUUCACACAUACAAUCACACGCACACAUGCAAACAAACAGGUGUGCGGGUGGAAAACAUGUUGUGGGCGAACUUCGGCACAAAUUUAUGGUGAUGUGAAGCAUUUAAAAGAAAAUGUGAUGCUAAUUGAAUUUAUGAAAAUUAAUUAAAUGUAAAUGAUGACGAGUGACAUAAAUUGAGAAAUUCUGUCACGUGAAACCGUAAUUUGGUUCAGCAUUCGGGAGAUCGAUACCUCAGUCCCGCAAGAACAGGUUGUCAAAAACUCGAGUGUGUGAAGGAAAAUCCGGUUGACAUUGUGUGGUUCCCCCUCAUCAGCAGUAGCAGCAGCAGCUGGGAACUGACGAGAAUGGAUUUUCGGAAAGCGAUAGUCCUUUUCCUAAUGGGAAUCUUUGCCAAAGCUUCCCUGGGGCUCCAGAGGUUCGCCGAGCAGCCAAAGUACACCGAGGUGAACCCCGGCCAGGAUGCACUGCUGGUGUGCAAAGUGAUUGACAAACGUGGCGUUUGCUCGUGGCAAAAGGACAACAAACCGGUGGGGAUCUACCCAAAGAAGUACGAAUGGGCCAGCCAGUACGGGCUUGGCCAGACGACGCACGUGGGCGGGGACUGCUCGCUGUGGGUCCGAGCCGCCCAGCUCGAGUUUGACGACGGGCUGUGGGAGUGUCAAGUCACGGCGAGUGACUUUACGACGCAGGAUGCGCUCACGAGUCAGCCUGUGCGAUUAGUUGUAAGAGUUCCACCACAACGACCCAGAUUGGAACACGAAGGUGUUCAUGUCCCUCCCGGGCACAACGUUACCGUAGAUUCCGGUGCGAUGGCCACCGUGAAAUGUGUCUCGCACUACGGAAACCCUCCAGCGCAGCUGAAGUGGUUUCUAGGUGACCAAGAAAUCACCCCGCUGCACCCGCAGACAAACUCGACUGAGCCGGAUAACCCUAGGACCUGGUCAGCGGCAACAGUGGUGCAGAUUCCUGCCAACAAGGACCGACAUGGUGCUAUUCUGAAGUGUCUGUCCAUCCACGAGUCCUAUUCCGCACGAUCGGUAGCAGUUGAAGCACGAUUAGAUGUUAAAUAUGCACCCACGAUAAGAAUGCUGGGAGCUCCCCAGAUCGACCUGGAGGAGGGUAAGGAUUCCCUCAUCCUACGAUGCACCGCUGAUGCCAACCCUACCGCCAGUAUCGUGUGGCGUCGGGCGGGUCGCUCGGAAAUAGCUAGUUUACAAGAAUCACUCCAGCUGAGGCCUGUGGGCAGACGCGAUGCCGGUCUGUACACGUGUCAGGCCCAGAACUCCGUUGGAACCUCGGAUACGUUAUCCGUUCAGUUAGAUGUUAAAUUUGCUCCUAAGAUACUGUCUGCCGGGCCGGAUCGAUUAACCACGGCGCCGCUGUUCAGUCCUGCUGCCUUCGAGUGUGUGGCGGAAGGAAACCCACAGCCCACGUACAAGUGGGUACAGAGAAUCUCAACACAGGGAAAACCAUUCCUCGACCGAGGACGAGAAUCAAGACUGGUAAUAGAUAACGUAACAUACGACUAUCAGGGCGAGUACGAGUGUCGUGCGACGAACUACAUCAACGGCCAGGAAAGAACGGCCACGUCCGACCCCAUCGCACUACAGGUGGUGGGCGCACCGCAGGUUCUGCGAACGUCAUCAUCGGCCACCGGCCAUUCCGUAUCGGUUCGGAAGGGCGAUUCGGCCACACUUUCGCUGAUUGUGUGCGCCGACCCUCGACCACGGCAUGUCGCCUGGGAAUGGGGCUCGUUGCGACUGGAAGCAGGUUCCGGCAUAGGUCGCUACAGAGUGGACGACGUAACGCAAGACUCCCGGGAGGACUGCUACCUGGUGACGUUGCACAUCGACGAUGCUGAUUUGCAGGACCAGCGGCCGUACUAUCUGGUGGUCGAGAACGAACGUGGCACCGACCGGCACGCAGUGAAUCUGCGCGUGGAGGGAAUGUUUUCCGUGGAGCCACUAGAAUUGAGUUACCUGCUCGGAAUCGCCGGAGGCUGUCUGGCGGCUUUUCUCAUCCUUAUUUGCCUCUGUAUCUAUGCGAUACGGACGAGAAAGUGUUGUUUCAGAAAUCGGAACAACUACAAAACGUCGGAAAAGGACAGCGAAAAAGCGGAUCUGAAAUCUCGAUCCGACAGUACGAGCGUUCCGCCGCUCGAUUCCAUCUAUACGACGCCGACCGGAUUCCAUCAUCAUCACAACGGAACUCCCGGAUCGCCGGAAGCAAUGAAGACAAUGCCCGUUCUUCGGACAUUCGGCAAUCAUGUAGCAUAGCGGGAUCGAAACCUGCCAGUCACGAGUGGUUGUAGUAGCAGUGAUAGUAAUCCUCACGAUAUCUACUACUAUCACCAUCAACAACACGAUCUUCACUUCCAACACAGUCUCGAUAGUGAACAUAAACACAAACACAAUCACUACGCCACCUAUCACUAUUCCUCUAAAUCUGGAGCCUCGAACCAUUCGAAAAAGUCAAAAGCCAAAAAUGAAAACCGAAAUGAGUACGAGUCUGCUCAGUACCACCACAACAAUAAUGCCAAAUCUAACCACAAGAGCAGAAAAUUGAGCUGCGAACUAACACCGGCCGAGAUUCAGAAUGUGCAAAAUUAUGAGAUAAAAAAGCAUAACAAAAGUAAAUCACAGUCACAAAUGCUGCUACUGCAAACACCUCCGCCCCCCUCGUUGCCCCCAAUCGAGUCCAUUCCCACCCAAAAGGCCCCCUCCCCGUCUUCCGGUUCCCGCCCACCAGCAGAUCCUUCGCCACCUCCUUUACCGCCACUGCUAGCCACAGCCAAUGCAAAUAAAUCACAACAACCACAGCAGCAACAUGCUAAAAAACACAGUCAGAAACAGCAGCAGCAACUUCAACCACCAUUAAAUAACACUGCUUUCAGUAAUAAUAACAACAGCAGCAGCAACAAUAAAAAUAGUUAGCUUCAAAACAAGCAGCAACAAUCAUGCAGCACUAGGAAAAAUGAAAAACAGAAACAGAAAAAGUAAACGAGAGAGAAAAAAAAAUACCACCACAGAAAAGGAAAGCAUUCCGACACUGCACACACAAAGCAUUGGUUUACACAGAUAUGCUAGGAGAGGCGAAAAGGCACAAUCACUUCCGUGUAACUAAAAAUUAAAAGCGUCAAAAAUGUGUAUGAAAUUUAUUUUUGUACCACUUUCUCUCCAUUUGAAAAGGACAAACAUUUUCACAGGAAAGCACAGAACACCCACCCAGUCAGACACACACAAACACAAAACAGUUUCACACAACGUUACACCGGUAAAGCACCCAGACUAGUGUAACAACAGGCGCUCAGAUUUCAUGCACUUUUUAUUACAACUUCGCCACCGAGUUUCACAGAGUUUUGAUUUCGUUUUCAAGCUAAUUUGUUUAACCUCAACUGAAAACACAUUAGCCGCGCAGUGUUCCUUUUUUUUCACACCACUUUUCAUCUAUCCCACCAUCACCAACCACCACUGCUUCUUUUUUCGUAGACUCGUGUAGAGAGGUAAAAUGUGUCGCUAAACAUGAAACCAUUCAACAGCGCGAGCUUUGGCACUUUUUCGUUUUGAAGCUGCUCAAACAUUUGAACACACGAAUACCUACAACACAUACCGUUUACAUUGCCACUUUACGAGUAAUUCAUGCUGGCGAGGCGAAGUUGACUUUAUAGCUGUCGGCCGCCAUUGCUAGUACCAACCACUAGUGUCUUCCUUUUAUCUACAAGGACUUCGCCGCCCUGGGCUCCUAAGUGUAUGAAAGUAUGGCACUCAUUCAUGCUGGGUUCAGUCAAUAAGUUGCGGCUCAUUUUAAGCCAUACUAAUAAAUGGGCUAGAGUGAUUUUCUUGUAUUAUUUAACAUUACACUACUUUACUCCUUCUUAAAAUAUGUUUUUGUCUGUGUUCUAUUAGUUAAGUGUUAUUCAGAUAAAUUAACUGCUUUGAAGGAAUUUGUUAACAAAUAUAACACAGCUCUUACGAAUUGAACACCCGGUGAAAAUGAAUCCUGACCAUGAUUCAUGCCUUUUAAAGAAAGAUUCAAAUUAUUCGCUCUACGACUCCUGCACCUGGACUGAGCUAACGACCCAACCCUCUAGGUUAGACCGGGGCCAACAUGUACUUCCCCGUCCGACGGAAGGCGUGGUCAGACAAAUCUCGUCUCGAAAAAUGCCACCGGGACCGUCUGGGAUCGAACCCAAGCCGACUGGGUGAGAGGCAACCACGCUUACCCCUACACCACGGUUUCCCGGAUAAAGAAAGAUUGUGGGGUCAAAUAACGAGCAGCCAUGCGUCUCCGCCGAAACGCAGAGCACAUUAGAGUUUAAAAUGUAUAAUAUGUGAGCAAUUCUCUACAAAACCGGCCGAUUUCGACCAUUUUUAUUUUUUAUAUUUUUUGAUUUGGCUCAAAAUUUGUGGGGGCCUUCCCUAUGACCAAAGAAGCCAUUUUGCAUCAUUAGUUUGUCCAUAUAAAUUUCCAUACAAAUUUGGCAGCUGUUCAUACAAAAAUGGUACGUAAAUAUUCGAAAAUCUGUAACUUUUGAAGGAUUUUUUUUAUCAAUUUGGUGUCUUCGGCAAAGUUGUAGGUAUUGUUAAGGACUAUUUAGAAAAAAAUAGGUACACGGAAAAAAAAAUUCCCGAUUUUUUUUAUUAACUUUUUUUUCACAAAAACUCAAAUUCCCAAAAUACGUAUUUUUUGAUUUUCGAGAUUUUUUAUAUGUUUUAGGGGACGAAAAUCCAUAACUUUUGAGCUAUAGAGAAACAUGGUCAAAAAAUCUGCCGCCGAGUUAUGAUUUUUUGAAAAACUGGUGAUUUUUGGAAAAAAUCGAAAUUUCAUACAUAAAAUUUUUUGACCUCAUUUUUUUAUGCAAAAUUGAAUUUGCAAUCGAAAAUUACUUUACAGAUUUUUUGAUAAAGGGCCCCGUUUUCAAGAUAUAGCCACCGAGAGAUUGAUUUCAGCGAAAUAUUUGCAGUUUUUCGAUUUUAAAAAAUAGUGACCAUGAGUGAUCAUUUCUGAAAAUAUUUUUUUUUGAAAAGUUCAGAAAAUUUGCUAUAAAAUUGUCUAAGAGACAUCGAAGAUUGGACCUCUGGUUGCUGAGAUACAGCGGCUUAAAGAAAAAGAAACAAGAAAAUUGAAAUUUUCUAAUUCUCACUCAAACAACCCUCCAUUUUCUAAUAUCUCAGCAACUAAUGGUACGAUUUUCAAUGUUAGUACAUGAAACAUUCGUGAAAUUUUCC